CAGGAGUGACCAAAUCUUGAAAAGUUCGAACGCAGAUUUUUAGUCAAAACCAAAUAACAGAAAGCAAAUCUCCAACCCUUUAUAAGGCUAACACCAAGAGAAAGAGAAAGGAAAACUAGGAAGUCCAAAAGUAGCUGCAGAGAGCACUUCGCAAGAUGAAGAGGAACAUGGCCUUUAUCAGUUGUGUGGUUUUUACGAUCACGUUAGCAGCGCUUGUCAGCGUAAGCGCCGGAAGGGCCUUGAUGUAUCCUCUACCAAGCAGCGUCCCUCAGGCUGAGAAAAAACCCAUGCAGACAUUUCGCGCGUACAACGUCGCGCAUCGAGGAUCGAACGGGGAGCUUCCAGAAGAAACGGCACCAGCAUACAUGAGAGCUAUCGCAGAGGGAGCAGAUUUUAUAGAAUCAGAUAUCCAGGCCACCAAGGAUGGAGUUUUGGUCUGUAUGCACGACGUGACGUUGGAUGCUACGACCGAUGUUGCAGAUCGUAAAGAGUUUGCCGAUCGAAAAACCACAUAUGAAGUUCAAUGGGUCAAUACCACCGGAUGGUUCGUUGUUGACUUCACCCUGAAAGAAUUAAAAACAUUGAGAGCAAAGCAACGAUUUGAUUUCCGUGAUCAGCAAUACAAUGGAAAGUUCCCGCCGAUUACAUUUGAAGAGUUCAUCUCAAUUGCGCUCGAUGCGAAAAGAACUGUCGGAAUAUAUCCAGAGAUAAAGAAUCCAGUUUUUGUUAACAAACACGUCAAGUGGUCUGACGGAAAGAAGCUCGAAGAUAGAUUUGUGGAGACUCUACAGAAAUUUGGAUACAAGGGCCAAUAUCUGUCGAAAGACUGGCUCAAGCAACCUUGCUUCAUCCAGAGCUUUGCGCCUAGUUCACUUGUGUAUAUCUCCAAUCAAACGGACCUGCCGAAAGUUUUCUUGAUUGAUGAUGUGACCAUACGAACAGAGGACACUAAUCAGACAUACAACGAAAUCACCUCGGAUAGCUAUUUUAACUACAUCAAAGAUUAUGUGAUGGCAAUAGGACCAUGGAAGGACACUGUUGUUCCUCCGGAGGAUAAUUACCUGGAGAAAUCGACGGAUCUCAUAGCGAAAGCACAUGCCCUUGGCAUGCAGGUGCACCCUUACACGUACCGCAACGAGAAUUCGUUCCUGCACUUCAACUUCCAUCAGGAUCCGUACGUCGAGUAUGAUUACUGGAUAAACAGGAGGGGAGUGGAUGGGCUCUUCACAGAUUUCACGGGCAGCCUGCACAGAUAUCAAGAAUGGACAUCCUCCUCGGAGAAGCAGCUGUUGCAAAAGAUUGCGUCUAUGGUUUCGUCCAGGGAUAGAUCAUAA